GAGUCUCCACAGCCACAAUCCAAGAUGGCGGUAAUGUUGUGAUCCCGUUUGUCAGUUUCGCGAGCACGUCCAGCCGGAGAAUCGACUUUUCUUCCCCGAUACCGUGUGUGUGCGCGCGCGUGUGAGUGUGCGGAAAGCCAACCGAAAAACGGUGGAGAAAUUCGUUGGAUUUACAGCAGAAGGUAGCGAUCCCCCCGGGAAGUGGCCACUCUUUAGUGCCGGAAGUUUUGUCCGAAACGCGAAGGUUUUUUUUCUUCUCUGAUCUGACGAAAAAGUGAAAGAAGAGAGAGAGAGGGAAGAACAAGAAGCAGUUUCACCUUUGCAGUGGCGUGUGUGUGUGUGUGUGAGAGAGGGAGCGCUUUUUUGCGGUGAAAACCUCCGGAGGAAAAUCCGCCGCGGUUGAACGGAAGAAAAAGAAGCAGGAAAAGGCCAGUGGCCAGACGAAGGCCAACUGUGGCCGGAAAGUAGCGCGGAGAGCGAGAAGAGCCCGUUUUGGAAUUGUUGGACCGCUUUUUUUGUACCGGGGUUGUUCCGCGGCCACUCGACAGAGGUCGUCACGGAGAACAGUGAGAGUGUGUCUUUGUGCGUGCGUGUUUGUGUGAAGGAAGAAGAAUUAACCUCUAAAAUCUCGGAAUUUUCUCCACAAUCGAUUACGCUUCUCUCCCUUCUAGGACGAUCCGGAUCUUGGGAGAACCGGCACGUUACUUUUCAGAUUCUCGAUCAACUCCGUUCAGCGAACCGAUCUCAAGUGUAAAUAAUAGUGUAUCUACACACCGUAGUUCCCCUCCCCUCAUUCUCAUCGAGUAGCCCUUCCAAUCUCGUCGCGAGUGUCAUCCCCCCCGUUAAGAAAAGAGAAAAGAAAAACUCCGGCUCCCGUUUCCUGGUGCAGUGAUUCCGUAAUUGUGUAAAAAUUGAGCAGCACGUAGACCCGGUGCGCUACAAAAUUCUAAAAAAGAGAAAGAAGAAGAGUUCCUCUGGCCACCAUCAUCAUCACCACAACCACCAGCAUCAGCACCACCACCGGCACCAUCACCACCGUUACCAUCCGGCAGCGACGGCGUCGACGGCGGCGGACACCACUUCCUCUGGCAGCAGCUCGAGCGGCAGCGGUUCCGACAGUGCUGGAAGUGACAGCGAGCUGCAACACCAGCAGCAACCGUCGACUAGUGGCUGCGGCGCCGGAAACGGCCGACCUCAGCAGCAGCAGCAACAGGACCAGGUUCAGCAAGACAGUACCGGCAGCAGCAACGUCAACAACAGUCCCGCCACAAUGACAACCGACACGAGGCGACGCGUCAAGCUGUACGCACUGAACGCAGACCGGCAGUGGGACGAUCGGGGCACCGGCCACGUCACGUCCAGCUACGUCGAUCGGGUUAAAGGUGUCUCCCUGCUGGUGCACGCCGAGAACGACGGCUCGAUGCUGCUGGAGAGCAAGAUCCACCCGGACACGAUCUACCAUAAACAGCAGGACACGCUGAUCGUGUGGAGCGAGGGCGACAACUUCGACCUGGCGCUCAGCUUUCAGGAGAAGGCCGGCUGCGACGAAAUAUGGGAGAAGAUUUGCCAGGUCCAGGGCAAAGACCCGUCGGUGGAGAUUACGCAGGACGUGGUGGAGGAGUCCGAGGACGAGCGGUUCGAGGACAUGUCGGACUCGGCCCCGCCCAUCGAACUGCCGCCGUGCGAGCUGUCCCGGUUAGAGGACAUCUCGGAGGCGAUCGCGAACGGGCUGACGUCGCAGAUCCGCAAGGACAAGCUGGCGCAGGCGAUCGAGAGUGAGAACUACAUCAAGAAGCUGCUGAGCUUGUUUCACAUUUGCGAGGAUCUGGAGAACCACGAGGGGCUGCACUAUCUGUACGAGAUCUUCAAGAACAUCUUCCUGUUGAACAAGAACGCGCUGUUUGAGAUUAUGUUCGCCGAGGACACGAUCUUCGACGUGGUGGGUUGCCUGGAGUACGAUCCGACGGGGAAUCCGCCCAAGCAGCACCGGCAGUAUUUGAAGCAGCUGGCCAAGUUUCGGGAAGCGAUUCCGAUCCGGAACGGUGACCUGCUGGCGAAGAUCCACCAGACGUACCGGGUGCAGUACAUCCAGGACAUUGUGCUGCCAACGCCGUCGGUCUUCGAGGACAACAUGCUGAACACGCUGUCGUCGUUCAUCUUCUUCAACAAGGUCGAAAUAGUCACGCUCAUCCAGGAGGACGAAAAGUUCCUGGACGACCUGUUUACGCUGCUGACCGAUCCGACCACGUCGGACGCCAAGCGGCGCGACAUCAUCCUCUUUCUGAAGGAGUUUUGCAACUUUGCCCAGUAUCUGCAGCCGCAGAGCAAGGAAACGUUCUACAAGACGCUCAUCAGCCUCGGGAUCCUGCCGGCGCUGGAGAUUACGCUCGCCAUCAACGACAAGAAGACGAAGGCGGCCUCGAUCGACAUCCUGACGACGAUCGUCGAGUACUCGCCGUCGAUCGUGCGCGACUACACGCUGCAGCAGUACAACAACUCGGACACGGAUGAGGAUCAAACGCUGAUCAACAUCGCGAUCGAGCAGAUGCUUUCGGACUCGGAGCCGGAGCUGGGCGGGGCGGUGCAGCUGAUGGGCGUGCUGCGGAUACUGCUCGACCCGGAGAACAUGCUCAGCUCGGUCAACAAGUCGGAGAAGUCGGACUUUCUCAACUUCUUCUACAAGCACAGCAUACAAACGCUAACUGCCCCCCUGCUGCUGAACACCCUCACGGACAAGCCCGCCAACGAGGACUACCACACGGUGCAGCUGCUCGGGCUGGUGCUGGAGCUGCUGUCGUUCUGCGUCGAGCACCACACCUACCACAUCAAGAACUGCAUCAUCAACAAGGACCUGCUGCGGCGGAUACUGGUCCUGAUGAAGAGCACCCACACGUUCCUGGUUCUGGGCGCGCUCCGGUUUCUCCGGAAGAUCAUCGCGCUCAAGGACGACUUUACAACAGGCGAGCACAUCGUCAAGGGCAACCUGUUCGCGCCGGUCGUGGAUGCGUUCAUCCGGAACAACGGUCGCUACAACCUGCUCGAGUCCGCCAUCCUCGAGCUGUUCGAGUUCAUCAAGAUCGAGGACAUCAAGUCGCUGUACACGUACUUUGUGGAGAACUUUGGCAAGUUCUUUGACGACGUCCAGUACGUGCAGACGUUCAAGACGCUCAAGAACAAGUACGACCAGCAGCAGGACCGGCUCAAGGAGAAGGAGAAGGGCGGCGGCGGCGGCCUGGACAGCGUGCCCUCGAUCCUGCGCAACAGCAGCCGGUACCGGCGGGACCAGCGCCAGCUCGACGAGGAGGAGGAAAUCUGGUUCAACGAGGAGGAAGACUUUGCCGACAGCAACAGCAACAACAAGGCCGGCUCGCCGGAACUGGACACUAGCCUAGGUAAAAUCUUCGACAAGAAAUCGUCGGACUCGACCUCCCCGCCGCCUUCCGCCGCAGCCACCUCAGUGAACGGCCCCAAGUACAGUAGUAGUAGCACCAGCAGCAGCACUAGCAGUAGUACCAACAACAACAACAACAACGCCAGCAGCAUUACGACCACCUCGCCGUCGUCGUCGCCGCCGCACCAUCUCUCCCAGCUGAACAACAACAACAACUCGGCGGACAGUAUCAGCACGGACCUUAACAGCAACAACAGUACUAGCAUCAACACCGCGACCUCCAGCAGCAGCAGCACGUCGUCCGCUUCGUCGUCCGUUGGCGAGGUGGCCGUUACGUCCAUCCACGAGGCCCUCCAGCAGCAGCAAGAACUGCUCGAAGCUUCCGAGGCCAACCUAAAUCUUACGUCCUCCUCCUCCCCCUCCUCGAGCGUCACUCCGUCGGACGAGCUGACGACGACGGCAACAACGGAAACGACCUCGCUCUUUUCGGCGUCAACGGCGACGACGACGAGGAUCGAUCCCAGUCACCGCCGCCGUCGGCGGUCAACUCACACGACGAAGAAGCACCCGCCACGGACGACUACGAAGUCACCCCAGCCAAGGACGACAGCUGUAGUCCCGCGGUUGAAUCUCUGGAGAACGUGGUCGACGACGAGCUGGAGACGUCCAAAAGGUUAGGCCUGGAUGCGGGUACGGCGGAACCGGCCAUCACGUCGACGUCCACGGUGGAAGCCAGUCCGGAAGAGGAGGAAGCAGAAGAAGUGGUGAGGCAAAACUGUACUGCCGAAAGCAACAGCAACAGUUCCAACGGUGAUAUCAG